GACUAAGGAAGGAUGCUGUAACAUCAUUGAGACUGAAGUCAGUUAUUUGGACCAUAUUGAAAGAAGUAGUUAGGUUGCUUUUUGGAUACAAAAAACUGUUUUAGCAUGUAGGGAAACAAACACGCCUAGAAAGAAGCUUGGCCUUGAUGUGUGGCCGGAUAACUAGCUCACGUAGAAACACUACAGAGGCACCUUCUGGACUGUUCCAGAGCUUUGGGGUCAGUGACAGACUAGUUGGAUUCACUGGCUGUGCCCGGUCGGCUGAACACCAGGAUGUGGUCGUGCAUCACAGACUUCUUCACCUACGAGACCACUAAGUCUGUGGUGGUGAAGAGCUGGACCAUCGGAAUCAUCAAUCGAGUCGUGCAGCUCCUCAUCAUCAUCUACUUCAUCGGGUGGGUGUUUGUACACGAGCAGGCAUAUCAGAUCAGGGACACGGCCAUAGAGUCCUCUGUGAUGACAAAAGUCAAAGGAUUUGGGCUGUCUAACAACAGAGUCAUGGACGUAGCAGAAUAUGUCACUCCAUCCCAGGGGGCCUCUGUGUUCUGCAUCAUCACAAAAGUAAUCACCACAGAAAACCAAAUGCAGGGAGAAUGUCCUGAGAGUGAGAAGAAGUUUAUAUGUACGCAUAACGACAACUGCACCAGGUUCCUCAACAAGGCUGGAGGAAAUGGUCUUCCAACGGGCAGGUGUGUUCCUUUCAACAACACUCAUAACACCUGUGAGAUAAAAGGCUGGUGCCCUGCGGAAAUUGAUGACGUGAAGACGUCUCCCAUGAUGGAGGUGGAGAACUUCACAAUCUUCAUCAAGAACAGCAUCCGUUUCCCUCUCUUCAACUUUACAAAGGGCAACUUCCUGCCUACCAUCACCACUCAAUACAUCAACACGUGUAACUUUGACCAGGAGAACAACACCUACUGCCCCAUCUUCAAGGUGGGGGACGUCAUCCGUUAUGCCCAACAGAACUUCACCAAGCUGGCACAAAAGGGAGGGGUGAUAGGAAUUAAAAUUGGCUGGGUGUGCGACCUGGACAAGUCAGAGGACAAGUGUAGCCCCUCCUACUCCUUCACCCGUCUGGAUGCCAUGUCGGAGAAGAACCAGGUCUCCGUCGGGUACAACUUCAGGUACGCCAAGUACUACAAGAUGGACAACGGCACUGACUAUCGUACUCUGAUCAAGGCCACCGCCAUCCGGUUUGACGUGCUGGUCAAUGGAAAUGCAGGGAAGUUUGACAUGAUCCCCACCCUCAUCAACAUGGUGGCUGCCUUCACGUCCGUUGGUGUGGGCACUGUCCUUUGUGACAUAAUACUCUUGAACUUCCUGAAGGGGGCGGAGCAAUACAAGGCUAAGAAGUUUGAGGAGGUACAUUUUAAGGUAUCCGACACGCAGAUUAAGAGGUCCAUAUCCAGCAACGGGCUGUAUCGGAGUAGAGAGCGGAAUGCGGUCGAGAAUCGGUCAAACGACUCCGGGGCAUUCUCCAUUGGUCAAUAUGGCUAAGAGAGCCAAUCAGAUGGCAUGUUCUAAGGGGAAAUGGCAAUUUUGGAGGUUCGGCUGCAAAUCUUUUAGUAUGGCAAACUCUGAGUCGGCUGGAGAUGUCAUGUGUAAAUGUGUCUCUUUAUUGUGCGAACACAGGCAAUGUUAUUGAGGCAAUAUGGAUUUUGAUGUAGUCAAUUGUCUUUCAUUGGCUAGUUGCUGGCCCAUUUGGAGUCAUGUGAUAUGAUCUUAAAAACCCAUCUGAAAUCCCAACCUGGUUCACUACUUUGAAAUGGUUGCGUGUUAAAUGGCAUUACAUCUAAGUUGAUUCAUAUCCACCUCUAUAAGUGAAUUCUCCCCCUAAAUGUCGAUAUUGAGGAGGUUUUAGCUUUUUCCCCACUAAUGUGUGAGAUUAGCAGUCGGGGAGGGGAAGCUGAUCCUAGACCUGUAGCUAACAUUACUAAUAUUUCACAUUUUACCUGCCAUACUUUCAUAGAGGAUGUUUUACGUGUAAUGAAAAAUGUAGCAUGUAACCAACCACGAACUGUAAUAUUUCAUAUAUAGUAUUACUAUGUAAUAUUUCAUAGUAUCUAAAUCUACCUAACCACAA